AUGAGCAACAUGAUUCAACCAGCAAUAAGGCUGAUAGCAAUGCUAAUAUUCUUGGGAUACAUGAUGAUAUGGGUCAUGAUGCCUACAAACACAUUUUGGCUACAUUGGUUACCACGUAUCCAUUCCGCCACCGAUUCUACAUUUCUUGGCCAACAAGGAGGGAAUAUUCUAGUUUACACGGCGCCAAUCCUCUUGAUUGCAACUUUAGGUUGUAUAUACCUUCACCUAGAAAACAAACCUUCCUACCAUCCAAGUAAUCAAAGAUCCAAUAUUCAUUUGAUGGGCUUAUUGGAGCGGCCCGUGAUUGUAAGAGGUCCACUUGGUAUUGUUACCUGGAAAGAAUUACUAUUUCUCUCCAUGUUUAUUGGGCUUUUGGUUUGGUCCACAUCAGCUUACAUACAUGCCAUGUUUGCCACCAUCACUACACAGUCAGCAUCAAAAAUGAAAGUAAAAGUGUGGGAAGUGAAGUUAGACAGCAUGGCAUUAAUGCUAGGACUUGUUGGUAACAUAUGUCUAGCCUUUUUGUUCUUCCCGGUGACCCGCGGGUCACCACUGCUCCGACUGAUCGGUCUAACUUCCGAAUCUAGCAUCAAGUAUCAUAUAUGGGUUGGACAUGUUACCAUGGUUUUGUUCACUGCUCAUGGUUUAUGUUACACUCUUUUCUGGGCUAAAACACACCAAAUUUCACAAAUGCUAAAAUGGGAAAAAAUUGGGAUAUCAAAUGUAGCUGGAGAAGUGGGUUUGUUAACAGGAUUGGGAAUUUGGUUGACGAGUGUACCUUAUAUAAGAAGAAACGUGUUUGAGCUCUUUUAUUACACGCAUCAUCUGUAUAUUCUGUUUGUGGUAUUCUUUAUACUGCAUGUUGGAUUCUCUUAUUGUUGGAUUACGCUACCGGGAUUUUUCCUUUUUCUCAUAAAUCGAAUGUUACGGUUCCUGCAAUCACACCAAAAAGUUAGAUUAGUUUCCGCACGAGUAUUACCAUGCCGAGCUCUUGAACUGAAUUUCUCCAAAACCCCAGGGGUGAAUUACAAUCCAACGAGCUCAAUCUUUGUAAACGUGCCGAAAAUAUCAAAACUUCAAUGGCAUCCGUUCACUAUAACCUCGAGCAGUAAUUUAGAACCCGAAAAGUUAAGUGUCGUUAUAAAAUGUGAAGGAAAUUGGUCGCAAAAGCUGUAUGAAGAACUCUCUCUGCCUUCAACAAACCAUCUUCAAGUUUCAGUAGAAGGCCCAUAUGGACCUGCAACAACCCAUUUUCAUAAGUAUGAAACGCUUGUGAUGUUCAGUGGCGGAAGUGGAAUUACUCCGUUUAUUUCCAUUAUUCGUGAGCUUGUACACAUGGCAAACGACCCAAACAGCACCAACAAAACACCACAAGUUAUUCUAGUUCCCGCCUUCAAGACGUCACUAGAUCUCGGGAUUUUAGACCUUUUACUUCCUGUUACAGGCACUAGCCACGAUAUAUCUCGUUUACGAUUAAAAAUCCAAGCAUAUGUGACUCAAGAGAGUGGGCCUCCGAAGCCUGCAACAGAAAACCAGCAGGCUUACCGAACAGUAUGGUUCAAGCCCAGUACUCUCGAUGCGCCCAUUUCUGCGAUUUUAGGUAGAAAUAGCUGGCUUUCGCUGGGGAUGAUAAUCGUCUGGUUUUCGGUUACUUCCUUAACAGUCGUUGCUGUUGUUACACAGUUCUACAUAUACCCGAAUGAUCGUAACACAAAUAUGAUAUAUUCAUAUACCGUAAGGUCGGUUCUUAACAUGCUGAUUAUAUGCAUGUCUAUAGCUAUAACUGUAAUUAUAGCUUUCUUGUGGAACAAGAAAAGAAAUUCUGCAGAAAUGAGGCAGAUUAGAGUGACGGAUGGACCGACGCCACUGACAUCUCCGGGAAUGAGUUCGUGGUAUUAUAGUGCAGACCGAGAGUUAGAAAGCCUUCCUUAUAAAUCUUUUGCGGGUUGUAUUACAGUUCAUUGUGGAGAAAGGCCAGAUUUUAAAAAAAUACUUAUGGAAAUCGGAGGAUCUAACAUCGGAGUACUAGCAAGCGGACCGAAGAAGAUGAGGCAAGAUGUAGCAGCGAUAUGCUCAUCUGGGAUUUCGAAAAACUUCCGGUUCGAGUCCAUCAGCUUCAGCUGGUGAGCCUCAUAG